GUGCAGAGUUCCGGUUUGGUUGUUUAGAAGAAAACGAGCUAGUGUGAUCGGAGAUCGUUAACGGUGUUUCUGCUGGAGUUAAGACGUGGGCUGCGGCCAACAGUAACCCGGAAUAAAGAUCCGAAACGGAAACAACAAGUUGGAGUCAUUACCAUCUCUUAGAAAAGGCAACAAAAGUGUGUUUUAUAGGUGUGGUGGCUUUUGUUGAGCCGUGGCGGUGCGACACGAACUAGUUUAGCCCAGCAGAAAGGCCCCGCGGCUGGCUGGACCCAGCUCGACACAGCAGCAGAGCGCUGUUAGCUAAACACGGCUAAAGAAAACCUGCUACCACUUCAGGAUCAUCCAUCAGCAUGGACACAGGUACGACUCUCUCCUUCUCUCCCCAACGACUGACCUGUCUUUAAAGUCAUUCCGGAACUGCGCUGCUCUGGGUGGCUGCAUGUUGGAGUAGCUCUGUUGACUAUAUAUGUUCAACAGCUGGUGCUGGUUAAAGAAGAAGCUCCUGAGGAACAGAGUGCAGGUGAGGACCAGAAAGACCCAGAACACCUCCACAUGAAGGAGGAACAAGAAGAAAACUGGACCAGUCUGGAGGGAGAGCAGCUCCAUUUGGAGGAGAAAACUGAUGCUGCCAGGUUUCCAUUCACAUUGGCUUCUAUAAAGAGUGAGGAUGAUGAAGAGAAACCUCUGUUCUCACAGCUUCAUCAGCAGCAAGUAGAAGACAGAGAUGUUCAAACCAAAGAUGUUCAAACUCCUGAGGAACAGAGUGCAGGUGUGGACCAGAAAGACCCAGGACACAUCCACAUGAAGGAGGAACUAGAAGAAAACUGGACCAGUCUGGAGGGAGAGCAACUCCAUUUGGAGGAGAAAACAGAUGCUGCCAGGUUUCCAUUCACAUUGGCUUCUAUAAAGAGUGAGGAUGAUGAAGAGAAACCACUGUUCUCACAGCUUCAUCAGCAGCAAGUAGAAGACAAAGAAGUUCCAACCAGCAGCUCAGCUCACCAGAUGACAGCAGAAACUGGUGGAAGAGCAGAAACUAGCAGGAACCAAGUUCUGAACCCUCAUGAACAGACAUCUGAUUCUUCAGAAACUGAAAUGAGUGGAGAUUAUGAAGAGGGUGAUGAUGUGAAUCUAGACUCUGAGCUGUCAGACUCUGGGUCUGAAACUGGAGAAGAAGACAGUGACUGGAAUGAAAGCAGGUCUUCUGAUUCACAUGUUAGGACUGUCAACAAGUCAUUUAGCUGCCCUGAGUAUGGUAAACAAUUUGUCCACAAGAGGUCUCUCCAGAAACAUGUGAGAGUGUCAGGUCAUUCAGCAAAAAGGUCUUCAAGCUGUUUGGUCAAAAAGAAAUGUGUUGGAGUGAAGCAACAUGUAGACUCAUGCAAGAAAGUCCAGAAAAAACUAAAAUCAUUUAGUUGUGAUGACUGUGGUAAAAGAUUUAGUUCAAUGUUUCAUUUAAACGUUCACAUGAGAGUCCACACUGGAGAAAAACCUUUUGUCUGUGAGCUCUGUGAAAAAAGAUUUAGCAGUAAGGCACAUUUAAACAGUCAUAUGAGAAUCCACACAGGAGAAAAACCUUUUGCCUGUGAGCUCUGUGGUAAAAGAUUUAGUUCAAUGUCUAAUUUAAACGUUCACACGAGAAUCCACACUGAAGAAAAACCUUUUGCCUGUGAGCUCUGUGAAAAAAGAUUUAGCAUUAAGGCAAAUUUAAACAGUCACAUGAGAAUCCACACAGGAGAAAAACCUUUUGCCUGUGAGCUCUGUGGUAAAAGAUUUGGUCACCCAAAAAGUUUAAACAGUCACAUGAGUGUCCACACAGGAGAAAAACCUUUUGCCUGUGAGCUCUGUGGUAAAAGAUUUAGCAGUAAGGAACAUUUAAACAGUCAUAUGAGAGUCCACACAGGAGAAAAACCUUUUGCUUGUGAGCUCUGUGAAAAAAGAUUUAGCAGUAAGGCACAUUUAAACAGUCAUAUGAGAGUCCACACAGGAGAAAAACCUUUUGUGUGUGAGCUCUGUGGUCAAAGUUUUAGCCAAAAGGGAUCUUUAAACCGUCACAUGAGAGUCCACACAGGACAGAAGCCUUUUGCUUGUGAGCUCUGUGGUCAAAGUUUUAGCCAAAAGGGAAAUUUAAACAGUCACCUGAGAGUCCACACAGGAGAUAAACCUUUUGCCUGUGAGCUCUGUGGUAAAAGAUUUGGUCACCAAAAAGAUUUUAACGUUCACAUGAGAGUCCACACAGGAGAAAAACCUUUUGUCUGUGAGCUUUGUGGUAAAAGAUUCAGCAGUAAGGCACAUUUAAACAGUCACAUGAGAGUCCACAUAGGAGAUAAACCUUUUGUCUGUGAGCUCUGUGGUAAAAGAUUUGGUCACCAAAAAAGUUUAAACAGUCACAUGAGAGUCCACACAGGAGAAAACCCUUUUGUCUGUGGGCUCUGUGGUAAAAGAUUUAUUAGUAAGCCAGCUUUAAACUAUCACAUGAGAGUCCACACAGGAGAAAAACCUUUUGCCUGUGGGCUCUGUGGUAAAAGAUAUGGCUAUAAGACAGCUUUAAACUAUCACAUGAGAGUCCACACAAGAGAAAAACCUUUUGCCUGUGAGCUCUGUGGUCAAAGAUUUAGAGACGAGACAGAGUUAAACUGUCACAUUAAGAGUUCACACACGACACAAUGAAUUCUUUUGAAAGUGUGAUUGACGGAAAAAAAAUCCGAUCUGUGAGAGCAGGGGAGUGGGAGAUAUAUGUACAGGUGCUGGCCA